CCCACUUCAAAGCUGGAAGCGGAUAUAUAACAUCCUCCAGCCUACUCUCUUUCUUCUAUAAACCAACUGCCUUUGAAAUCCACUUUUUACCACUCUUUCUUUCCUUUGCCAAAAUGUCUGACGAGGUUUAUGAGGGCGCCAUUGGCAUUGACCUUGGCACAACCUACUCCUGUGUUGCCAACUACGAAGGCACAAAUGUGGAAAUCAUUGCCAAUGAACAGGGUAGUUACACAACCCCCUCGUUCGUCUCUUUCACCGACAAGGAGCGCUUGAUUGGUGAGGCGGCCAAGAACCAGGCUGCCAUGAACCCUCAGAACACUAUCUUCGAUAUCAAGCGUCUUAUCGGUCGCCGUUAUGAGGACCCCAUUGUCAAGAAGGAUGUCGAAUCUUGGCCCUUCAAGGUCGUCGACCAGGGCGGAAACCCUGCUGUUGAAGUCGAGUAUCUCGGAGAGACCAAGACUUUCACUCCUCAGGAAAUCUCGUCCAUGGUUCUGAUGAAGAUGAAAGAAGUUGCCGAGACCAAACUUGGCAAGAAGGUUGAGAAGGCCGUCAUUACUGUCCCCGCUUACUUCAACGACAACCAGCGUCAAGCCACCAAGGAUGCCGGUGCCAUCGCUGGUCUCAACGUCCUUCGUAUCAUUAACGAACCCACCGCCGCUGCUAUCGCCUACGGCCUUGGGUCUGGAAAGUCCGAGAAGGAGCGUAACGUUCUCAUCUACGAUCUUGGUGGUGGUACCUUCGACGUUUCGCUACUCAACAUUCAAGGUGGCGUUUUCACCGUUAAGGCCACAGCUGGCGACACACAUCUUGGAGGACAGGAUUUCGAUACGAAUCUUCUUGAGCACUUCAAGAAGGAAUUCCAGAAGAAGACCGGCAAGGACCUCUCCGGCGAUUCCAGGGCCCUUCGUCGUCUUCGAACCGCUUGCGAGCGUGCCAAGCGCACCCUCUCAAAUGCCACUCAGACCAGUGUCGAGAUUGACUCAUUGUUUGAUGGUGAAGAUUUCAACACCUCUAUCACCCGUGCUCGCUUUGAGGAUCUGAAUGCCAAGUCGUUCUCCGGUACUCUUGAGCCCGUUCAGCAGGUUCUUAAGGACUCCGGCCUUGCCAAGAACCAGGUCGACGAGAUCGUGCUUGUUGGUGGUUCUACCCGUAUUCCUCGCAUCCAGAAGCUCCUCAGCGACUUUUUCGAUGGCAAGAAGCUCGAGAAGGUCAGUUUCUUGUGCCACUGUUAA